AUGCAGCGCAAGCCAGUCUUCACGGCCAUGGCCGUCUUUCUGUCGGCCGUCCAGGGCCUCAACAUUCUCAUCACGAACGACGAUGGCUUCGGCUCGGCCAACAUCCGGGCCAUGUACAAGGCCGUCAAGGACCUAGGCCACGACGCCUACAUUGUGGCCUCCAGCAGCGACAUGUCCGGUCAGGGCGGCCGCUCCGCCUACACGACCGAGGCCAAUCUCACGGCCGACUCAGAGUGGGGGAUCGUCAAGGCCGGCGCGCCAUCGAUCGGCCAGGACCCCAAAGACAGUCACAUCUGGUACUACAAUGGCACGCCGGCAGCACAGGUGUUCGUGGCGCUGGACCACGUGCUGCCGCUCUUUGGCAGCUUCAGCAAGCCGGACCUGGUGCUGGCGGGGCCCAACGUGGGCCUCAACCUGGGCCCGUUCCUGUACACGCUCUCGGGCACGAUGGGGGCGACCUAUGCGGCCGUGGAUCGUGGCAUUCCGGCUAUCUCCUUCUCGGCUGCCUACAGCCGGCAGACGCCCUACUACUGGACCAACACGUCGACCCUGGCCGGGCUGCAGGACCCUGCUACGAUUGCCGGCCGGCUGGCUGCCGCCCUGGCACAGGCCUUUAUCGACAAGGCGGCUGGGGGGCGCAUCCUGCCGGUGGGCUACGGCAUCAACGUGAAUCUGCCGUACAUCACCAGCUUCAGCAACGACUCGUGCGUGAACCCGCCGUUUGUCCUGACACGCAUGUCGGGCGGCGCCGACGUCGACAAGGCCGUGUACAACGCCACGACAGGCCUGUUUCACUACGGCGACCUGGACGAGGCUGGCUCGGGCGUCAAUGCCUGCAUCAACGGCGACUGCAGCCUGCCGGGCGAGACAGACGUUGUCAGCGGCCAUGGGGCGUGCCAGGCGUCAGUCAGCGUCUUCACCGUCGACUACGACGCACCAUACACUGCCAGCAGAAGCAAUGCGACGAUCGGCAAUCCGUAUGCGCUGGUGCCUGGCAUAGUGCAGCUGCAGAACGCCAGCAGGCUGGUCGGCGGCCUGGGUGCCAAUGCUACUGUCCGGGGUGUCAGCGGAAGCCCGAGCACGACUGUCGGGAGCUCGCCCAGGGCGUCGACGUCGGCCGUGAUCAGCUCGGCCUCGGACAUUCGGCUGUCGGUGGCCAUGCUGCUGGGCUUCUUGGUAGCAGCACUGAUGCACAUGACGUCAAAGAUGGCCGAGGCCCAGGGCAGCCAAUCAGACAAUUCCAGCCCCGCUUUAGCCAACUGUACGGAUAAGCAACAAAAGGGAACGAGUAUCCCCAUCGCUGCGGAUGCCGGCUGGAGCCCGUCCCGGCCCCAUCCUGUUUCUGUUUCCUUCCACGGUGCGUACUCUCGCGUACCCGGAGCGCGUGUUGCCAGCGCAGUGCAGACGACGGACGACGAAGAGGGACGAACGAACGGUGGCACGGCAAAGCGGCGAAGUGGCAGAUACGGCCCAGUCCAGAUUUGGUCUUGGAGCCCAGAUCGACUGUCGGUCGUUUGCGGACGGCCACCCGCGACGGCCAUGCUGCCCGACCCGAGCCUGACGGUGACGCUGCCGAGCUUACACGACGGCACGGUGCUGGACUGCCGCGUGUACCUGCCACCGGCGACGCUUUUGAAGGCUCAGACAGUCGAGACGACCAAGUCGGUCGAUGCGCGGUGGCGGGGCCACGCGGCCGUGGUAGCGCAUCCGUACGCGCCGAUGGGUGGCAGCUACAACGACGGGAUCGUGCGCAUGGUGGCUGACACGCUGCUGCAGCGGCCAGCACAGCCGUUUGUGGUGGCGACGUUCAACUUCCGGGGCGCCGGCCGACGGCCGAGCGGCCACACGUCGUGGACGGCACGCGCAGAGACGGGCGACUACAUGACCGUCGCCGGGUUCCUGUACUACUUUGUGCACCAUCUGGACCCGUACGGCGACGGCGGGCUGUCCGGGGGAUCCACCCAUCGGCCCCCCGUCUUCCUCUUUGCCGGCUACUCGUACGGGGCCAUCGUGACCCGAUUGCUGCCACCCAUGGCUGACGUGCUCGCGCUGCUGGCUCGCCCCGAUAUUGACUCGCCGGCAGCCGAGGUCCGGCGACGGGCGGCACGCUGGGCCGCGAUGCAGAACGCCGACUUUGCUGAGCAUCGAUCAGCCUUGGUGGCCGCAGCCGAACGGGGCGCCGACAGCCCACAGAAGAAGCUGGUGCGGAGAGCCCGCCUCAGCAUGGGCAUCCGCGUCGGUGGCAGUGAAGACAAUAACAACAACAACAAUAACAGCAACAACAACAACAGCAGCAGCAGCAACAGUCCACGGCGCUGCAGCCAAGAGGUCGCCCGGACCGUCAACACGGCCCUGAUGGGAACCAGCAAGCUGCGGACACCAGCAGUUCCGGUGGCCAGAGGCAGUAACAGCAGCAGCAGACCGUCGGCCGAAGGGCCCGUCACAGCUGUGGCUGACAUCCGGGAAGAAGGCGACCGAGACGAAGACGACGAGAUCGACACGUCCAGACUGUCGGCAUUGCCAAACCUGCCGGUAUUUCGACCGUCAUAUCUGCUGGUAUCGUUUCCAGCUGGCCUGGUCACCAGUCUGGCCACGGUCUUCACCUUUCCGCCGUCCGAGGGCCCGACUUUGCCGCCGUCCGAGGCCAAGCUGGCUGACCACCCGACGCUGGCCGUCUAUGGCGACGCCGACCGGUUCGUCUCCAUGCGUCAUAUGCACCACUGGACUGCGCGCAUGACGACCGCGUCAACAACCACUGCCGGGAAGACACCCGGCUUUCGCGCGCUCGAGGUCGCCGCCGCCGGCCACUUCUGGUCCGAGGGCCGCUCGCUGUACGACUUGCGCGAUGCUGUGAGCCGAUUUGCCGACGAGCUGGUGGCUGGACCGCCGGCUGGAACGGAUGGCGACGACGACGACAGAGAGAAGCGAAAGGGUGGUAAUAGCACGAGUGUGGCAUGA